AUGUAUAGUUUCGCCGAACUCGGACAUCCUUCCCCGGAGACUUUCAGGAGUCAACCUAUGAGUGUGGAAAUGGAAGCCAAGCUGAAAGCUCAUGAGCAGGCUCAGACAGAUGCGUGGCUGAAGGAGAAGCCCCUCGAUCGUCCUAAAAGGCCCACGAAACCUCGUCCUCAGCAAGCUACGAAACAGUCCUCGAAGUCUCUCCUAGACCCCUAUAAAAUCCCGUUUAUAUCGUCAGAUUCGGAACGUGAACCCAUCUUCCCACAUGUCAAUGCUUUGACGCCUCACACUGAACCGAAGAAGUUCUACGACCUUGGCCACUCGACAAUUAUCCUUCCAGAUUCGGCUCAAAUAAAUGCAAACGGUGGCCUAUUUCUGCUUGUGUCUGACGUUGACACAACCUGGCACGCUCGUUUAAAUUUACUCAGCAACUACUCCCUUUCCAGCACAGUCGACAAGGGCAAGACUUGGCGCCACUAUGCCACAAGCCAGAAAUCUACAGACAUAGUAAACCUCCAGCAAAAGCGGGAGAAGCUUGAACGCCCCGAAUACCUAAUGAAGCAGUCCGGGAUAAAUUGGAAAAGCCUGCUCGGGGGAGAUGCGAAGGCCAAGCUGCUUGACAAGAUGCAAGAGCAGCAAAAGGCAGAUGACUGGGCAGAACUAGCAAUGCAAGAAGUAAAAGCGAAGCUUAAUUCUUGCCUAAAGAUUGAGGCGAAGCUGAUCGAGAUACAGAGCCGAGAACAAGAAGUCGAGAGAAAGGAGCGGGUAUUCAAGGAGGGACAAGAGAGGGCUAGGGCGGAUCCUAGUAGGAAGGCAAGUUGGGACCGGAUUAUGGGAAUCUGGUCCUUCAAUGGUUGA